AUGACAUUGCUCCAUAGAGCUUUGGGCGAAAUCAUCCCAAGACCAGGCGCAAUCCUGCCGCGACGAUGCUUCAGUUCGGCCUCUCAGACAAGCUUACCCAACGCUGUGCUCCAGUCGAGCCUGUUGCGUCCACGAUGUUUACACGCCUCAAGUCAGCUUUGUCUACCGCGUAGAAGAGGCUUCUUCUCCUCGAAUGCAUUGCUGGCGCAACCAGAGCGAUCUUCCGCGCAGCCAGUUCAAAAGGUUGACUCGUUGGAUAGCACCACGGCUCAACGUCGAAAGACGGCUCGAAUCCCUGGUGGGAAACUCUCUUCCCUUCGCAGAGUCGCAGUAGAAGCACAAAGGUCACGAGAGGGUGUCUUAGCAAGGGGUGCUCCCGGAGUCGAGCAAUAUUCCCGGAAAAAGAGGGUCACGGCAUACUGUGCUGCUGAACAAUUCCAUUUGCCUACAGUGGUGCGAAUCCUCAAAGCAGAAGGCUACGAAUGCGAUCCCUGUGGCACCCGGCUCUAUCCACAAGUUGCGCAUAUACAGAUUCCCGUUGAUUCGUCGAUAAGCUCACCACUGAAUGACAAUAUUGCAGUAUCAGAGCAAGAAGGUGAUCCAGGCGAUGUAUUCGUCUUCCCAUCGGGUACAGUGGUGGCCUGGGCAGUUCCGGAAGCUGUCGUGUCUUUUCUCCUGACAAAGACUCUCCUCCCUGCGGCGGAAAAUCCUCAUAUGGAUGAAAUGGAAACUGAAGAUCUUGAGUACAUUGAAGAUCACACAAGAGUUAACAGCAAUAUCAAAGGCGACACAAUCUUUCUGGGGACCAAACCACAUAGCUUACCGGCCCCAGACGAGAUACUCUACGAUGCUGAUGAUAUGGAACAAAAGGCUGCAGCAAGUUUAGAAACUGCCCUAGCUGAACAGGAGGAAGUCCUGCAGCAGCGGCAGCGGGUGGACACGACCCUUGCAAAGAUCGCAUUUUCCUCGGGAUUGGCUCGGUCAACCAAGCUGGCCGUACUGGAGACGUCACUCAGCAAUUACUUCGAUUCAACCCGGCUGAUCCCGACGAUGCUCUCUCGGGGAUCACGCUUGCCCUUCACACGGUCGUUCAUCCUGCGCAAGACUGGCCAGCUACUCAACGUGCGGGCACAGCUGAACCUCUAUUCGGAGCUGACAGACUCUCUGCCGGAUCUCUUUUGGGACAGUCGGCACGAACUUGGGCUCGAGGGAUACUACGAUCAGGUUGGACGAGCGCUGGAUGUCGGUGUACGCAUCAAGUUGCUCAAUGAAAAGAUGGAUUAUGCGCAGGAGAUUGCCUCGGUAUUGCGCGAACGGCUGAGCGAACGGCACGGGCUAGUGCUCGAGUGGAUGAUCAUUAUUUUGAUCACUGUGGAGGUAGGUUUUGAGAUCUUGCGGCUUUACAAGGAAAGGUUGGAGAGACUGGAACGUGAGCGGGAAAAUGCGCUGGCAGUAGUCAGCGCAGCUACAUAA